AUGUUCAAAUUCGUGGUUUUCACUGCUCUCGUGGCUUGCGCCAUCGCCGCUCCAGCCCCAGGAGGUUUGCUGGUGCCAGCCGCUCCAGUGGUAGCGGCGGCUCCGGUGGUUCCAGUGGCAACCAGUUACGCCAGCAGCUACUCCAACACCUACCGUGCACCUGUGGUCAAGGCCGCCCCAAUUGUUCACGCUGCUCCAGUUGUCCAUGCCGCUCCAGUCCUCGUUAAGACGGCGCCAGUGGUCCACGCCGCCCCCGUUGUCGCAGCUCCAGCCCUCGUCAAGGCGCCGCUGAUCCACACCCCCGUGUACCACGCUCCAGCCAUCGUCAAAACUCCACUCAUCCACACCCCGGUCCUCGCUGCUCCAACUGUCAUCAAAACUGUGCAACCUGUUGCCCUCGUCCACUGA